UUAUAACCUUUACCAAAAAAUUUGGAGAAAACCCCAAAGUCAGCUAUCCAAAGACUUCUAUCAUAUCUCUCCUCACCUCCUCCACAUCCCUAUCUAGAAGACCUUUGCUUCAAUGGAAAAUCAAAAGCCAAUAAUAAUUCAAAUAUCUGGAAAAAAACCCACAAAAAUUUCCCAAGAUUUAUUGCAACUUUCAUGCCUUCCAGAUGAAAUUAUCAUUGAAAUUCUCAUAAGGUUGCCAGUAAAAUCCCUGUUGAAAUUAAGGUGUGUUUCAAAAUCUUGGCUUUAUUUACUGUCAAGUCCACAUUUUAUCAAAACCCAAAUCAAAUUUUCUGCUCAAGAUGACAAAAAUGUGAAUCUUAGACUUGCUAUAGUAGCUUCAGUAUCAGGUUUAGUGGGUAAAAUGAGCUCUAUUUACUCUCUAGUGUGUGAAAAAAAUUCUUCAAUGAAUGUUGCUAAUCUUGAUUAUACUUUGAAAGCCCCUAUUGGAUCUGCAAAAUUUGUGGGUUCUUGUAAUGGAUUGUUAUGUUUAACAGCAGUGUCAUUAAAAAUGAUUUUGUGGAACCCAUCAACUGGAAAAUACAAAGAAUUUCAAGAUUCAUUUGUUCAAAGUGGUGUAAGUUAUUAUGUUAGAUAUGGGUUUGGUUAUGAUGGUAGUAAUGAUGAUUAUAAGGUUGUUAAGAUCUUUAGUUUUCCUAAGGAUGAGGGGAAAUAUGAGAAUAUGGUUAAGAUUUAUAGCUUAAGGGCUAAUUCUUGGACAAUGAUUGAGGGGUUUAAUAGUGGUUAUGUGAAUGCUCAAUCAGGGGUGUUUGUGAAUGGAGUUCUUCACUGGGAGGUAAGCCAGUGUCGCGAUUCAGGUGCUUCUUCGGAGAUUAUGACUUUUGAUUUGGCUACUGAGACGUAUGGAGUAAUGGUGUUGCCUCGUUGUGGAAAUGGAAAUGAAGACUUCAGUUGGAUGUUAAGUGUUUUAGGUGGAUGUUUAGUUGCCUGUUGCAACUAUUAUCCGGAUAAGACUGAUUUGUGGGUGAUGACGGAGUAUGGUGUGGAGAAUUCAUGGACUAAGUUGGUUUCACUCUCGUCACCCUUUGGUCGUAUGGGUUAUAUAUCACCUUUGUUUGUGUCAGAGAAUGGUGACGAAGUUUUAGUGAAGCUUGGCACGGAUAUAAGUUUGUGCAACUCGAGGAAUGCUUCGUACAGAUCCUUGGAUAUUCAUUCAUCAGGUCGUUGUCUUCAAGUACAAGCAGUUACUUAUAUUGAGAGUCUAGCUUCACCUCAUGUUGGCGAUAAGUAAUUAGCUUGGCAAAUUAUGACUUUGGAUUUGGUUAAUGGUUACUGUGACGUAUGUGAUAAUGGCGUGGCCUAGUUGUGGAAAUGGAAACUGUAAUUGGAUGUUAACUGUAGAUAGGCCGGAUUUUGUGAUGAAGGAAUAUGGCAUGGAGAAUUCAUAGACUAAAUUGGUUUCUCUCGUCUCCCUUCGAUCGUAGGGGUUAUAUUUUACCUCAGUGUCAGAGAAUGGUGAUGAAGUUUUAGUGAAACUCAGUUCAGAUGCAAUGUGUACUACUCGGGGAAUGCUUCGUACAAAUCCCUGAAGAUUCUUGUAUCAGGUCGUUGUCUUCAAAUACAAGCUGUUACUUAUGUUGAGACUUGAGAGUCUAGCUUCACCUCAUGUUGGUGAUAAGUAAUUUAGCUUACACUAGGAAAGCAGAUAAAUUAAUUUGCUUGUGCUCUUUCCUCAGAUGGUUUAUUAGUUAGGUUGCAUCAGAUGUUGUAUUGUUGCAUGUUUUAUCUAGUCAAGUGGUUGGCAGAGUUAUUUUUAAUGCUAAGUUCUUGUUGUUCGGCUA